CUAUUUUUAUCAAUAAUAACACUCUAUCGGUAGUAGGGUUAGGUUUUCAAAAGUAGUAUUUGACAUGAUGGUUACAAUAUUGUAUAUAUAUCAUUCUUCUAUUGUUUAGUUAAUCUUUAUUUAUUAUUACUGUGCAAUGUAGUGUAUGGACAAUUAGCAAUAAUGGUUUGAUAUUCAGAAAUAUUUAUUGUCUUGUAUAAAGCAUACAUUCGUGAAAAAUAAUGAAUUUAUAAUUAAAUAUAAUUAAAUUGAAAGUUAAAAUUUUACUUAAAGUAAAAUAUACUUCUCAUUUAAUAAAAGCAAAAUAAAAUGGAGGUGACAACCACAGAAUCUAUGGAGGAAAGUCCUGAAAAAGUUCAAACUAGUCUUCCAGUGCAAGUGGUACGAGUACCAGUAAAACAUGCAAAUCUUGGAAUAAGAAGUCAUGCCAUGGAUAUGAGUACAAUGGUAGAACUCACUUCCUUUAGCACACUUGGAAAAAUACAACCCUUUUUAGUUACAAUAACAACUACUGCAGCUUUAUUGGUAGAUUUGCAUUGUCAUUUAACAGAUAAAGAAGUUUGUGGCUACCUAGGUGGCCACUGGGAUAUUAAUUCACAUAAUCUAUCUAUAACAACAGCCUUUCCAUGCCGAUAUUCAGGCAAAGACAAAUCAGCUGCAGCUGCAGUUGAAGCUGAAAUUGCAAGAGCUAUGGAGUGGAAGCGUGUCACUUUAGUUGGAUGGUAUCAUUCUCAUCCUACAUCACAUGCUUCUCCUUCGCUCCGAGAUGUUGAUUCUCAAUUAGAUUAUCAAAUUAAAAUGAAGGGUCCUAGUGAUAAUGGAUAUACACCAUGCGUAGGAUUAAUAUGUUCUCCUUAUAACAUGGAUGGCAGUUGCUAUGAGUCCAAUUUUAAUGUUUUUUGGUCUUUACCUCCUCCUGAAAAUCGACCUCAUGAAUAUCCAAGACCAAUGCUAUUAAGUUAUACCUUAUCUCAAGAACACUUUCUUUCUCAAGAUACAUUAGAAGAAAUUAGAAGAUGCAUAGAAUAUUAUAGAAGCGAAGGAGGUAUUGAUUUUACUGCCAAUUUUAACAACAAUACAACCUAUCUUGAACGUUUAAGGUGUUCUCUCGCGUCCAAAUUGCCUGGACGUAAUAGGUCAAACGGUUCUUAUUGGGAUGUAAUUAGGGAAAUGAUUUGCCCUGGUUCUGAAGAUGGAACAUCACCUGAUUUUCUUGCUAUGAAAUUUCCAUUAGUACCAGUUUCAGAAUCAUUAGUUUCUUCUGUUCCACCAGGAGUUGGUCUUGCACCCAACAAUGCAGCCGUCUUCCUUACUCCUGUGAAUUUUAAACCUGAUAGUGCCAUUAUUACACCCACAUCAAAACCUUUUGUGAUGCAUCCGUCUACUUCUAGAGAUACUAUUAAGAAGGACAAUAUUAUAGCCACGGAUACUGCAUCUAUCACACAGAUAAAGGAUGGUAACUCUGCAACAACUAAACAGCAUAUUUCACCUUCAGAUGUGAUACCUAGCUUUCAAUCUGGAGAACUCACAGUCUCUGUAAAAAAUGCAAAAUGUGACUAUGAUUUCCCACCAAGCGAUUUUUCAAAAUUACCUAAUCCUCUUGGAACAGAUACGAGUAUUAAUAAAACUCGCUCGUCUACGACACCUGAUUUCCCUUUAGCUGAUAUAACGCAACAAAUCUCCAAGUUUUCAGAUUUAUCAAAGUUAGCAAAUUUUUCUACGACGGAUUUGGCGAAACUUUCAGGUUUUUCAAUCGCAGACUUCACGAGGACAUCGUCUCCUUCGCCGUCCACUUACAUGCGUAAUAUUGCGAAUUUGUUUGGAUCGAUUGGCAAAAUUUCUCCUGCGAGAGACAUCGAAGGAAAUGAACGUAAACCAAGCGAUUUCGCGAUGGUCGAUGCUAUUCAGUCUCCCUUCAAAGGAAAUACCGGACCUUCAGAGUCUUGUAGAAACUUUUCUGUAACUCCCGAGGAUUAUUCGACCGAUCGAAAGAAAAUAGAAGUACAAAAUGAUAACAUAAAGUUAAAUCGAUCAAACGAGUAUCAAGGAACCGAAGAUCUGACAAUCUCUAACAUUAAACCCGACUUUGGUGGAAUGUUAGACAUGACGACAUUGCAUAAAAAGCAACAACAGUCACAACCUAGUGAUGUUGGUGAUUCGCUAAAUUUAUCUAAGGAUCGUCAGUAGACCCGCCACGUUAAUCAGUAUUUUGCAAUUGUGAUUAUUUCUAUACGUUUAUAUCUUAUAUUUUACAUCUAAAAUUAAUUCUCUUUACGAACGUAUUUAAUGUAAUUUGUACACUUUAUGUCUAUUAACCGCGUGAUAUUUGAGCGUGAAUUAUAUUAUUUUUUGUAGUUUUGGAAAACUCCAAAUUGAUAAUGUUUACAUUUAUUAUACUGAAUAAACAAAUGUUUUUUAAUA